GAACGGCAGAUUGUGGAAAACAUCCUCCUCGGGCAUGAGUUAAUGCACUAUUUGAAAAUCAAAACUCGUGGCAAGAAGGGAUACAUGGCUCUGAAGGUUGACAUGGAAAAAGCCUAUGAUAGAGUUGAAUGGUCUUUCCUUCUCGCAGUUUUGGAAAAAAUGGGCUUUAGUUCUGUGUGGCGAGGAUGGAUUCAGGAGUGCCUGCGAUCUGCAUCCUUCUCGGUUCUAAUGAAUGGCACCCUGCAUGGCUUCUUCUCCCCGUCCCGGGGAUUACGACAAGGCGACCCUCUCUCUCCCCUUCUAUUUGUCAUCUGCACAGAGGGGUUUGCCUCAAUGCUUAGAAAAGCCAUAUCAGAUGGGAAAUUGCAGGGAGUUAAGGUGGCUCCCUGAGCGCCUCGUAUCUCGCAUCUGUUCUUUGCGAAUGAUUCUUAUCUUUUUCUUCGUGGCUCCCUUCAAGAAUGCGAAAACUUGAUCGAGAUUCUCAAUGAUUAUGAGAAACUGAGUGGCCAAAAGGUGAAACUGGAUAAGUCUGCAGUUUGUUUUAGUAAAAACAUUAAUGUAGCAGACCAGGAAUUCAUGGCAGAGAUUUUAGGCGUGGGGGCGGUGGGUGUCCAGGACAAGUAUUUAGGCCUCCCAACGUUAAUAGCCCGAUAAAAAAUGACUACUUUUCGCUAUCUUGAGGAGAAAUUGUUGGCUCAGCUUCAAGGGUGGAAGCGUAGGACAUUGUCUUGGGUGGCUAAGAAAACACUGAUUAAAGCAGUGGCUUUAGCUCUGCCUUUGCACGUCAUGUCUUGCUUUAAAUUACCCUUGUCUCUUUGUCGCCUUCUGGAUAAGCAUGUUGCCCGUUUUUUGUGGGUGUCAAGGCGGGUCGGUCAAAGAUUCGAUGGAUUUCUUGGAGAAAUAUGUGUAAGAGCAAACAUGAAGGGGGGAUGGGCUUUCACAGAUUUGAGCAUUUCAAUCAGGCAUUGCUAGCUAAAAUUGGAUGGCGUAUCCUCGAGGAGCCCAGUUCCCUCAUUGCUCAGGUGUAUAAAGGGAAAUACUUCCCCAAUGGAUCAUUUCUUACGACGACAGCUCGCUCCCAUCCGUCCUGGGGAUGGCAGAGUAUCCUUUUUGGUCGCCAAUUGUUGGAAGUUGGUCUUUGGUGGCAGAUUGGUAAUGGACAGAAGGCCCCUUUACGUGAUUCCGGAGGGGGAGGAUCUGAAGGUAGCUGAGGUUAUUCGGGCAGGGGAAGGGAAGUGGUGCGACCUUAAGCUUAGUCAAUGGUUUCAUCCUCGAACAUGUCAGGAUAUUAGGGUCAUCCCUUUGCCUCGUCAGAGUAUUGAGGAUAAGUUUAUUUGGCAUGGCACAACUGAUGGGGUGUUUUCGGUCAAAUCUGCCUAUCAUUUGGCGGUCAAUCUAGAUCGACAGAGAGGAAGAUGGAAAGCCCAGGCUAGUUGGAUGGAUAAAGCUAGCUGGAUCCGAUUAUGGGAUGCCAAUAUUCCCCCAAAACUUAAGGUGUUCGUCUGGCAGAUCUUUCACAGAAUUUUACCUACCACAUAGGCCCUGAUUGAGAGGAAGGUUGAAGUAUUACCUAGAUGUCCUGUGUGCUGGGCGGAUUCGGAGACACUGGAACAUAUGUUUUUGGAUUGUCCGGUAGCUCGUGCCCUGUGGGAUCAUUCUGGGCUUGCUCAUCUGGGAGAAGGGUUGCCUCGACAUACCUUCCCCCUCUUUUUAAAGAAGCUAUUGGCCUUGAUUCAUCAGCCAAUUAUGGUCAUGUCGGUUAUUGCUGUCCUUUGGAGGAUUUGGCAAUCUCGUAACUGGGUUGUCUUUGAAGGCAAGCAGUUUGGGAUUCCCGUUCUGAUGCGGCAGUACAACCAACAGGUCCAAGAGUGGGUUAAUCUACCAGUAGACAAGACACUUCCUGUUCAUCAAUCCCCUUCUCCUCCCUCGGACCCAACUGGGUCGAAUUCUGUGCUCUGUAUGUGGGAUGGGGCGAUAAGGAAUGGGUCGCAUUCGGCAGGUGGUAUGGUUAUCAUGACUUCAGCCAGAGAGGUUCUGUUGGUCAAGGGGGUUUCUUUCCCGGGGAUGGAUGACCCUAUGCUGGCUGAGAUGCUCGUUCUCCGGGAGGCCAUUGUAUGGUGCGUGGGUAAUGGUUUCACUGCAGUUAGGUUUGAAGGUGAUGCUCAGGUUAUCAUAGAGAAGAUCCUCCAGAGAGACACUCGGGAUAAUCGAGUGGGGUCGAUUCUCGAAGAAGUUGUCCAGGCUUUUGACAUGAAUAGAGGUUUCAGUGUACGAUUUGUAGGUCGGCGUAACAUUAGGGUAGCUCAUUUGGUAGCUAGGAAGGCCCUUUAUUUGUACCCGACUACAUGUCGUUUAUCUGAUUUUCAGGCUUGGCUGAAUUCCAGGAUGUAACAAUCUUUUUUCAAUCAAUAUAUGAUUAUCUUUUGUCAAAAAAAAAAAAAAUAAUCCCAUUGUCACACCAAUUAAAAGAGAUCUAUAUGCAACUAAUGCGUAACUGAAUAGUACCUACACACAUGCAUUUUAGAUGUUACUGCUACACAGAACGAUGGAUCACACAGUAAUCCCGCAAUACACGACCCAACCAUCUCAAAAUCUAUCAUAAUCCUGCAAUAACAAAUUUCAUUUUUCUCCAGUUGCACAGUCAUAGAGCCAGUCAACCUCAUCUCAUACAAAUACGAAACAAAAAUUAUUAAGAAACAUGCAUUUGAGUUGAAACUUUAGGUGACUAGCAAAGGCCAAAUUCCUCAUUUUAAUUAUUAUUUAAUACUUAAUUAAAUUUCUAUAUAUCUUAUAAAUAGAGGAUAACUUUAAAAUCGCGACCCAAAUAUCAUUGGUUCGAAUAUUUCAUAUCAAAUAGCAGUGUUGAAUAUAUAAAAGUUAUGUAUAAUUCUUAAAUUAGUAUUAAUUUUUAGACUACUAUUACACAAUCGUAUUCAUAUCUAUGUGUAAACUAUAUAGGACUGGUUCUUUGAACAUUUUAGUUCGGCUAACCGUCGAAUUUUAAACCUUCUCCUAUUCUGACAUGAUUGGAUCCAACAAUCAUUAGGAGUUUAAUAAGUUGGUUCAUUUCACCUUUUUUCAAUGUGCUAAUGAAUUUUUAGGAAAAGACAUGUCUUUAUAUACACUCUACACAAUAUAUAAUACUAAAAUGAGAAAAUUGUUGUCUCAUUUCAAAUUUCCUACAACGAAAAUGAAAGUAGGAAUUAUAUUUUUGCUUCAUAAUUAUUUUACAGAAACUACAAACUUCCAAAAUCCAGAAAUUGUUGCUCAAACUAAAAAUCAGAGUAUAAAAAAUCAAUGUUCGCAAAUUUUAUUUCAUAUAUCACUUAUUUGAGAGAUUUUUCUCUUUAUAAACAAAGUAAAAUGAAACAAGUUAUAGCCAAAUCAAUAGCUUUGGCUCGAAGACGAUGACCUGCUUCUUUGUGGGAGAAAGAAAUACAUGUGGUACCUUCAGAGAUCUGGAGAGCAAAGACGAAAAGGAUGCACUACGAGUUCGUGAAUGAGUACGGUGAAAUAGAUCAUCAGAUCACGGGCAUGGGGCUGAAUAAAAUGAUAGGAGGUUAGUUAGAUAGCCGAUGAUUUAGAAUUUGCCAAUUUGGUACAUCAACAGGAGAUCUCCAGAGUCGGCUUAGGAAAUAAAGAAUCAAAGGGGAAGAAAAAGAUAGACUCUUUUAUUAACAACUAAUUGAGUGCAUGGGGUGGAUAACCGAUGCAUUAUUUCACUUUUCCCUUUUAAAAAAAUAAAACAAAAUAGUAUCAUAAACUUUUUUGGGUUUCUAUUCAUCUUUUGAAGUUUGUUCUUUUUUGGGUCUAAUCAGACUAUUUAAAGCUAUUAUUCUACUAAAAUGAUUUUAUUUUUUCCCAUUGCAUUGAUGUAAUAUAGUGACCAAAACAUGUUAGUAAGUUAAAUUAUAUAUUAAUUAAAAUAAUAUAAUAUUCACGCUCUUUCGGGGCGCUCAAAUUAUAAUUCUUGAAGAUUAUAUUCGCUUACGCUCCCAUUCUAGCUCCCGCUCUAGCGAAUUGGUAAGAUAAAUCCGUCAAGUGAAUUCUGUUAACAAAAAGACUACUGGAAGAGCUCGCCUUCCAUCACAUAUUGUCUUCACUCGCAAACACCCCCAUGCUCAAUUUCCACUUGGUCGUUACUCAUUAAUUCCACUUUUGACACACAUCACCACCAUAGGAGUGCGACAUUCAUCGCGUGACGAAUACAUGUUGUUGGAGUGCAUUUUAGGAGAUCGAAGGAGGAUAGCAGAAAAUAACAGAUAGAGAAACAAAUGUAGAUAGUCCGGUCGAGGAAGAAUAUUAUUCAUAUGUAGAUGAGAUUUUAUACAAUUUAUAAAUAUAUGAACAAUAUAAUAAUUUUUUCAUAUCCGG